GCGCGGAGGUGGCGGCGCCGGCAACCGGGGCCGGGGCGGAGUGGGGAGCCGGAGAGUGGGCGGAGGGAGCGGGAGGCGGAGGGGAGCGAGAGCCGUCUUUCCAAUCCCCAACUACGAGCCCCGAGUUUGUAGAUGGGGCUGCUCGGCGGCGCCUGCGGCUGAGCGAGAGCGGCAGCGGCGGGCGUGGGGAGCGGCGGCGGCGGCGCGGAGGCGGCCGAGGUGCGAGCCGCAGCAAUGCAGCAAGUGUUGGAUAACCUUACGGAGCUACCCUCAUCGACGGGAGCAGAAGAAAUAGACCUCAUUUUCCUCAAGGGGAUUAUGGAGAAUCCUAUUGUAAAAUCACUUGCUAAGGCUCAUGAGAGGCUGGAAGAUUCAAAACUAGAAGCUGUCAGUGACAAUAACUUGGAAUUAGUCAAUGAAAUUCUUGAAGAUAUCACUCCUCUAAUAAAUGUGGAUGAAAAUGUGGCAGAACUGGUUGGUAUACUCAAAGAGCCCCACUUCCAGUCACUUUUGGAGGCCCAUGAUAUUGUGGCAUCAAAGUGUUACGAUUCACCUCCAUCAAGCCCAGAAAUGAAUAAUUCUUCUAUCAAUAAUCAGUUAUUACCAGUUGAUGCUAUUCGUAUUCUUGGUAUUCACAAAAGAGCUGGGGAACCAUUGGGUGUAACAUUUAGGGUUGAAAAUAAUGAUCUGGUAAUCGCCCGAAUCCUUCAUGGAGGAAUGAUAGAUCGACAAGGUCUGCUUCAUGUGGGAGAUAUCAUUAAAGAAGUCAAUGGCCAUGAGGUUGGAAACAAUCCAAAGGAAUUACAAGAAUUACUGAAAAAUAUUAGUGGCAGCGUCACUCUAAAAAUUUUACCAAGCUAUAGAGAUACCAUUACUCCUCAACAGAGUUGCAUCAGUAUGGAGAGGCAUCCAGCACACGCCCGUCAGGUAUUUGUGAAAUGUCAUUUUGAUUAUAAUCCCUACAAUGAUAACCUGAUACCCUGCAAAGAAGCAGGACUGAAAUUUUCAAAGGGAGAAAUUCUUCAGAUUGUAAACAGAGAAGAUCCAAACUGGUGGCAGGCUAGCCAUGUAAAAGAGGGAGGAAGCGCUGGUCUCAUUCCAAGCCAGUUCCUGGAAGAGAAGAGAAAGGCAUUUGUUAGAAGAGACUGGGACAAUUCAGGACCUUUUUGUGGAACCAUAAGUAGCAAAAAAAAGAAAAAGAUGAUGUAUCUCACAACCAGAAAUGCAGAAUUUGAUCGUCAUGAAAUCCAGAUAUAUGAGGAGGUAGCCAAAAUGCCUCCCUUCCAGAGAAAGACGUUAGUGUUGAUAGGAGCUCAAGGUGUGGGACGAAGAAGCUUGAAAAACAGGUUCAUAGUGUUGAAUCCCACUAGAUUUGGAACUACAGUGCCAUUUACUUCACGGAAACCAAGGGAAGAUGAAAAAGAUGGCCAAGCAUAUAAAUUUGUGUCACGAUCUGAGAUGGAAGCAGAUAUUAAAGCUGGAAAAUAUUUGGAACAUGGGGAAUAUGAAGGAAAUCUCUAUGGCACCAAGAUUGAUUCUAUCCUUGAAGUUGUCCAAACUGGACGAACUUGCAUUUUGGAUGUCAACCCACAAGCCCUGAAAGUGCUGAGGACAUCUGAGUUCAUGCCCUAUGUUGUAUUUAUUGCUGCUCCAGAACUAGAGACAUUACGUGCCAUGCACAAGGCUGUGGUGGAUGCUGGUAUCACUACCAAGCUUUUGACGGACUCGGACUUGAAGAAAACAGUGGACGAAAGUGCACGGAUUCAGAGAGCAUACAACCACUAUUUUGAUUUGAUCAUCGUAAACGACAACCUAGACAAGGCCUUUGAGAAACUACAAACUGCCACAGAGAAACUGCGAACGGAGCCACAGUGGGUUCCCAUCAGCUGGGUUUACUGAUGAUUCGAUAAGGUUCACAAUUCAAAUAAAACUUUUAAAAAGUGACUGCAACGAAUAAACCUUCUACUAAGAAAAUACGUGCACAGACAGAAGAUAUUUGCCGAGCCCAGGCAUUUUUAUUGUGUAGAUUGAAAUACCAGUACACUAUUCUGAAUUUUUAUAUAAAGUGUGGUUGGGAAGGUGUACUAAUAUAUAAUUUAUCUUAAUUUUUCUAACUUUUUAUGAGCAAUCUUUCUAUUCAUAUCACAUAAAGAAAUGCGUUGAAGCAUUUUGUAUAUGUUUUGAUUUAGUACCCUUGCCUUUUUCAUCAAAGGAAUUUUCAAAUCACCCACUCUAACAUUGGUCUCACAUUUUCACUGUGAUAAUGAAUACUUGAAAUCGUUUUGUAAAGCUGUCGUUCAGUUCAGUAUUUCACUAGUGAAGGGUCAGCUACUCUUAUUAGGAGGAAAUAGUAGAUAUUGGCCUUCUUUCCCGAUAUGGUUCGUUACAGAAGCAGAACUUGAAUGUCAGUGCUAUAGCCAGUCUACUACCAUCCCAAUCUCACAUCAGAGUCUGCUCAGUGCUGCAUGGUCUGUUAUUUCAGAGAUGUGUGGCUAUCAUUCUAAUUUAUACAGAUAGAUUGGUGGUUUCCCUUUGUUUCUAUCUUUAGUGGGAAAAGGAAGAGCAAUACUUUGCACUCUCGUUCGCCAUAGUGACAGCUGAUGCUGAGUGAACGUGCACAGCAGGCAGGGCCACGCAGGCUGCGAGAGUGCCUUAUCCUGUACGACGGCACAGCAGAAUGACACUCAAAGUUGACUUAUUUUCACCUGUGAAAGUUUAAGUGACAAAAAUGAACCUACUGUUUUUUACAUUUUUCUAUUAGGAUAUGGUCAGCAAAUGUAUCAUGCCUCUGCAGAUUUCUGCAACACUUAAAAAAAUGCUUCUAAGUUUGCAAUUGGGGGUUUUGUGAACAAUCAGUGUGCUUUUUGAAGUGUGAUGUGAUCAUGAGGGUGUAUGUUUGAAUUGUUGUGUUGAGAACCAAAUCCAGUGAACGAUUUAUGAAAUUGGGAAAUAAUUGUCAGCUGUUUUAUCUAUAUAUAAUAUAUACAUUAUAUAAUAUGUACAUUGUAUGUAUUAUAUAAUAUAUAUUAAAUAAUGUUUUAUAUUUUUUUUACAUUUCUGUUAGGAAGUGCACUUUUUAUUUAAUGAUUAGGAAACCAGUUCUCCUCCUUUAGAUGUAUUAACAUGUACAAAUUUCCAAAAUUCAUCUCAGUUGAUACCUUCCUUUAGGAUUCGUGGAUGGGUAUAAGUUCUUCCUAAAACGUAUUCAGAGAUGCAGCUCUGAAUUAACUAAAUUAGCCAUAUUUUGCUGCUAGCUUUUCACAUAAACAGUAUUCACACUUAAAGGGUUAGGUGCUUAACUAUCGUCGUCAUUCUUGUCUGGUGAUGGGCAGCAGACACUUGGCUGCUGCAUUUGUUUUCCCCUCACCGAUGCUGUCUCUUGGAAUGCCAACCUGGAGGACUUGGAGGGAGGAGGAAAUACGUGGCCAUAAGCAGCACGCACACAUUGUCUUAAGUCUUUUUCUCAGUGAAACAAAACACCCAAGUUGCUGAACUGUUAAGAUUGGAAAUCUAUAGGUAUUUUUUUUAUUACAGAAUUUCAUAUCCAGAACACAAAUUCAUGUUCUUUGUAGGAAAUUGGUGGCAAAAUAGAUCAUACUCUCUUAAUAACUUUGGUAACUUUUAAACCCCAUAUAUUUCCAUGAAAUUCUUGGCUUCUCAAAGCAAUGUGAAUCAAAGCACAGUGUCAAGGUGAUGUCUUGUGACUCAGUGUUUCAACACACUGUAAAUUUUAAGAGCAAUCUUAUUUCCACAGUCUCAGAAGUGUGCUGUCCCCACAGUGUACCUUCAUGCUGCUGCGUGGAGCCUCUGUGACCGGCUUUAGGAUCAUUACAGCAGCACAAGAUAUACUUCACCCAUCAGGACACAAGAGAGGCGAUUUUUACAUCAUACAUAUUUUCAGCCUUAUGUGGUAUAAAUGCAUAUUAUUUAGAAAAUAGUCUACACUUAAAGGAAUUAUUUCUAUUAUAAAUGGUAUUCAUGACUAAGUACUUAAUACACACUAAAUCCCUCCUAAUAUAAAAUGAAACGAUGCACUUUAGUUCAUUUCAGUCUAGAUGCCAGAACUGAAGAGAAUAAAUUCAGAAAAGUUCAUUGCAUCUCAAUACAGUAGUCAUUGAACUUGAAACUCAAGUCCCAUCUGAGUCUGCAGGAACCAGCAGAGCUCUGCUGGGGCAAGCCCAGGAUUCUCCCAAGGCAAUGAGAGUGUGGUUGUGAUGAAGGAAGUGCGAGCUUCCCUUGUGGGAAAGGUCUAAGACAAUUAGCUUUACCAAAGAGGAAAUGGUUGACAGUGAUGUUGAGUAAUUGGUAAUAGUUAAAAUACAAAUGCACGUGCGUAUGCUUUUGGGGGACGCGAUGUGCCAAUACAUUAAAGCAUCUGAGGGUUCCUUGUGGACAGGUGAGUAUCCACAUCCAGCAUUCAGGGCAUGACUGUUUAGAUAACAACUAAAUAUUAUGUAUGUGUUUUUCGUUUUCAAAUGUACAAAUACCCAUAGAGUUGUUGUCCUGCAUAAGUCACUUAACUGUAACUAGUGGAAUGUAUGUGAUGCACUACAAGUAGAAUCUCACUCUUAUUACGGCCAGGCCUUGGUUAUGUGGUCUCAACUCCUGUCUGAUAUUUGGAUAGUAUCAAAUAUCCAAUACAUCAGGACUUUGUUUACUUUUGCCAACUCUAACCAUACAAUUGCUGAACAUAGCCUUCAAAAAUAGAAAUCGUACCAUAAACCCAGUAUGACUACAGCAAUAGUAGCCUGAACCCUAGAAUCUAGUGAACUUAGUUAUAAUAGCUUAUAAGGACAAGUUUUCUUUAAAAGAGCAAAUUGGUAUUAAUAGAAAUUUAGAAAAUAAUGCAAAUUAGCAAUAAAGUACAAUAGUAUAGCAUUAUAGAUUAUGGCCAGAUACUAACUGCUUUGCCCAUAAUAUCCCAAUGACAAUAAAAGAUGAUCUUUGCUUUAAAAGUUCAUUAAAUUAGUAUUUAUUUUUACGUAUAACAGCAGGUGCCAUGAUCCAGUGAUUGGGGUUGAUUUUCAAGAUGGAUAGCCAUGGAGUUAAGGUACAAUUACUCAGAGUUGGUAAACAUAAAAGUUUUGAAAAUUGGUUAAAAUAGUGAUCUAUUUAACAUUGUACUUUUACGACUUCUGGAAAUCACAGGCUACAGAGCCAAUAAUUUUGUAGUAAUGAAUCUUUAUACUAAAUAUGGAAAAAACAAUCCUGAAGUUUUAUGUAUAUAGAUAGUAGGUCCCAUUUUUUAAAUGUUUGAGUCAUCAUAUAUAAUAUAUAUAUACAGCUAUGUGUAUAAUAUGUAAAAUUCUUCCAAAAUACAUAAAUAAUAAAACUGCAUAUGUUCUCCCAUGUAAUUAUAACUAGUGUUCUUAAAUUUUUCAUUAUUCCCAAAUUCUUAGACAUUCUGAAACUUUUUUCACAUUGUUUUAAAAGGCUCUUGUUUUGCCUUGAGGCAGAUACUAAUCUCCUUUCUAAAAAAUAUGUGAGGACUUAAGCUCCGAAAAUUAUCAUUAUAACUUAAUUUCCUUAAGGAAAAAGCACAGAGCCCUAGGUGGAAGCCCCUUUGAAUGAAUUUAUGAUCUGCUUCAGGCUCACAGAUUAUGGUACCUGCCCUCCUCUUGCUUCAAUGGAUUUGCUGUGAGAAUUCGUAGAAUAACAUCUAUAAUGUAUUUUGAGAAAUUUGGUAUUUUAAAUAAUAGGAUUAUUGUAUAUAGUACAAGUGAAUAUUCACAAACUUUGAAGAAUACAAUUCACUAAUGGUUCAGCAUCAUAUCCGUUUUUAUGUAAGUAUACAUUGUAUAUUUGAGGAAGAUAAUUAUAUAAUUUUUUAAGGUAAGAUUAUUUUUAAAAUGCAUUUUUGUUAGGUUCAAGUUUUAUUCAUAUUUAAAUAUUUCCCACAAUUUAUCAUGUUACUUUCUGUGUUCCUGGAAUGAUUUAGUGCACAGACUCAAAAAUGAGUCCUUAAUAUACUAAAAAGUGAAGGAAUGAUGAUACCUUGUUGCUAAGGUAAGAAUUUAAAAGCAUGAUUUGUACCAAUUCUGCAAUGCACUGCACAACUUUCUUUAAAAUAGUCUCUUUUGAUAAAAAUAGAGAUGGUGUAUUUCUACUGGCUGAUCCUAAUUCUGACUCCUGACCGUGUGAUCUUUGAUAAAAUUUAUAUCUCCCUUUACUUUUAAUAUUCAACUUGUUUAAAUAAGGCUAACUUAAUAUUUUUCUUCACCUUAAAUUACAAGAAGUAAUUGUAACUCUGAUGUGGCAAAUGCUAAAUUGGAAAAUCCUUAUUAGGCUACUUUGUUAGUUAUAUGUAUCUGCUUCUAUUGAGGUUGCUUAUCUCUUAGUUCUUUUAAAGUGUGCCUCUUUUGGAAGUAACAUAGUGAAUGGUGCACUCCAUUCAGGGAUCCUGCCUCCAAUUUUAAAACAGCUCCAAGGCCGUAGUUCCAGCCUGGAAGAGGGUCUCUUCUGCUCUCUUGGUGGCCCUGGUCAAGAGGACCAUUUUAGUUUAGAAUCCCAUUCUAAGUCCAAACCCUUAGCAAAUCCUUGCCGCCAGCCAGACCACUCACAAACAAAAUUUAAGCAAUCCAGUACUCUCUCACAUCCGAAGACCCUCUCCUCUUUUGCCCCUACAGGCUGCCUUACCUGAUUCUUAGGGCUGAAAUUUAUCACCACAGCCCUGUUUAACCCACAGUAUUAAGUGUAAAAGGCAUCUGUCUGCUCAUAGGGAGAAACAUUCAGUUAGGUCCACUUAGUGGACCUCAAAUCUGACAAGAAUGCACCUAGUUUCUUUUUCUGAGUGCUUCGCAGCCAUUGACUGAUAAUGCAGUGCCAUCAUAAAUGUCGCCUGCACACACCAAAGUCAGUCAGAAGCCACAGUUGGUUCUUUUUUUCCCUACUAGCUUUUACUGUUUUCUAAUCUCCAGCACAAACUGAAGGAACACGUGUACGGUUAACGCAAAUGCCGCUUGUAACUUGGGAGAUUAAGUGACUCGGUGCUUGUAAACCUGUCUUGAGUCCCACUGAACAGGCAGUGUCAGUACCACAAAGUAGAAGCCGAAAGGUCUUAUUUGAAAAAUUAGAAAGAGACGUUUUUAUCACACUUCGGCAACAGCAAGCCAAGGGUAGAAACAUUAAAUAUGACAGGUCGUGCUUGAACUUUGGCUUUCCUCAUAUCAGUCAAGAGGAGGUUUGGGAGCUUGGAGGAAGAGGAGAAAAGAGCAUAGCACUAAAAACUCCUCAGUCAUAAAUUACCUACAUUAAACCAGAAGUCGUUACCAAUGGUUUUCAUCUUAUUAAAUAGGAGAGGCGGGCAGUAGUAUAAAUAACAUUGCUUUGAAGACAUGAACCUUGUUCUGGUAAACAUGGUCCAAAUGAGAAAUGCCUUUUCAGGUAGAACCAGGUUUGAGGAAUAGCUCAUCUCCAUCUGUAAUUGAAAUACAAUAUAAACAUUUCUUUUGGCCAUGUGUCCUCUUUUAAAAAAGGAGUGACUCCUGUUUCUUUGGUGACGUUGAUUUUUAAGGAAGUGGUAGAAGGACUCACUGUAGAAGGAGCGUCAGGGUUCCUCACCAAGUGUAAUUUCCUGCCAGUUACAUCGGGCUCUGUCACAGCCCGUGAUGAGUGUUGGAUGUGAAAACCUUGCUUUGGGGGAUUUUUUUCCCAUUUCAUUUUGGUAUAUCUUUAUUUUGAACACAAAUGCAUGCUCUUUUUAACCUCUAGUCUUUGAAGUAAUUGUAGGAGAGAUUUUUGUGUUUUUUUGAUGGAGGGCAAAAUGCUUGUUAGCACCUAAAAAUCCAAGCUGAACAAGCUACUAAAGUAAGUUUCUGAUGAAAAAGUUUAAAAGUAAAAAUUAAUUGCUGCUGCUUUCCAAAUAAUUGUAUUGCUAGUUCCUGUGUAAAAGAAACAUUACUGCUGUCCUUGUAUAAAUGAAACUUUCCUGCAGUACGAUCACGAUUGAUUUUUCGGAAACAGUCCCUAUAAAUUUUUCUUUUCACGUAUUUCCAUGUGCUGUCCAAAAUAAAAACUGAAAUGUUCAAUCUGUGGGAUUGCAUACUCAUGGUAAAAUAUUUUUGUAUAUAUAAAUAAAUAUUUAAUAUUGGAAAAAUGUAGUGUUUCAUUUCUAGGUAGAAAUAAGGUUUAGAGAUAAUAAAAUACAGGGGAUAUCAGAUUAGCUUUGGUAAUUUAUUUUAAAUGCUAAUAAUCUUCAUAAAAAGCUUCAUGUUCUUUAGUUUUUCCCAGCAAAGUAAUGCAUUUUUCACCUGCCUCUCUUCUUUAACACAGAAACCCUAACUAUUGUUUCCUUGACCCCAGCCCAAGCAAUUCGGUGGCUUUCAAAGACAACAUACUCAAGGAAAGAAUUUCAGAGACAGGGAAGAUUAAAACAGAGGAUCAAGAAAAGGCCUCUGUGACCAGUUAGAUGGCAUGUGAUGCUAGGACCAUUUCCCAGCUAGCCAAGAAAGAGAAACCCUGGUGGGAAAGACAACACCUGCUGGCGCACGCAGCUCACCCUGAGGCCUGUAGGGAGGAGGGGCUGGACCCGCCAGGCCAACCAGAGAUGGAGGCAUGACUGGAUGAGUGCAGGAAGACUUUCUAGAAAAGGUACUUUGCAACUCUUUUCCAAGCUAGUUUCUGGAAUUCCAUACCUCAUACUUCAGAAAUUGCUAGUCUGGUGUAUUUCUGAUGUCUCCAAAAGAAUUAGGUGUUAUAUAGUACCUUCUUCCAUCUUACACUACCUGUCAGUUCUCUGUCACUGCAGUAGCAAAUUACCACAAAUUUAGCAGCUUAAAACACAAACUUAGUUCUGUAGGUCUGAAAUCCAACACUGGUCUCACCAGGCUAAAACCAAGAUGGCUCCCAGGGCCUGCCCUGGCUCUAAUCUGAAGGUCUAGAGGGGAAUCCGCUCCCAGGCUCUUGCAGGUUGGCAGACCUCAGGUCCAUGCAGUUGGAGAAGUGAAGUCCCCACUUCUUGCUGUCAGAGGGACUGCCCUCUUGUCCUUGAACUGACCUCCGUCCUAAGCCAGCAACAGCAGUGAAUCCAUCUCAUGCCUCAUCUUUCCCGCAUUUUCUUUGGCCAGGUCUCUCUCUCACUGACUCUGCCUUCUUUCUUUUAAGGGCCCACCCAGAGAAUCCAGGCCAAGCUGUCUAUCUCAAGGUCCAUAGCCUUAACACCUGUAAAGUCCCCUUUUGCCGUGUAAGGUAACAUGUUCUCAGGUUCCAGGGAUUCUUAGGUCAGGGACACCUUUCAGGGGCCAUUAUCGGGCCAUGCUACACUAGCUAAUAUCAGUUUUUCUUCCUGCAUCUAUUGAUGAAAGCGAAAUGGUCGUGGAAACAUCAGGGUCAAGGUGGGUGUCCUGUUCUGUUCCAGGAAAUGUUAGUUUAUUUACUAUCUGUUUUCUAGGUGACCCUUGGCUAUUAGAACUAAUUAUUCCAAAUCUAUUUUAAAAAGUAUGGUUCUUGAUCUCAAGCAGUAAAUAAAGGAACAUUUAAAAUUACCAAUAUGUAAUAAAGAGGAUACCAGUUGGAAGAACCUUUUGGAGGCCCAAAGUGACCCUCACUGAAGCACACCCAGCACUUCUUCAGCCACCACACCUGAGUGGGGUCUCUUAGGAAGCCCGGCAGUAAUGAGGGGCUGGGAACACCUGGAGCACAUGGCUCUGUCCUUUUCAAUAGCUAUUUUUUACAACAAAACCCAACAGGCUAACUGGCCGGUCUCAGGGCAGUUGUGGAAAUAGCCAAAGGCCUUGGUUGCCUGGUCCCUGUAACCCAAACUUUCAGCACUUGCUGGAAUGGCACCUUUUCUUUCUGUCUCAAGUCUAUCUUUAGUUUUUGGUGUUUUGUUUUAAUUUUAGAGGAUAAAAUAUAUACAAAACUCUACCAGGAAUAAAAGGGUUACCGGCCCCCCCCCCCCCCCCGCC